AAAAAAGCCGAGACGCGGUGCGAGCUGAGGUCGACCAUGGCGGCCGUGUUCAAGGACCAAUUCGUUGGACUGAUCGUCUCUAGUGUUUUGUUCUUCAUGAACGUCUCAUCUAUGACGACGAAAAGUAGCAAACCGUACUCGGCUUCCUUCAAAAGUGGAGGUCUUCGCCUUUUCAAGCCCGGCAGGAGUCCUGUGACGAUUCUCAUCCCAGUCAAGCGACUUGACAGCGACGAGGCAGCCGCCGACGAGGCCAGGAACUCCACGUCGGACGGUCGGUCGGCGAGGUCGCCGCUGGUCAUCAGGCUGCUGGAGGAACAGGAGCCGCAGCAGCCGCCCCCGCCGCGGUACACGCAGGCCAUCUUCCCGGCCCCGGAGGACGCGAUCCACCGCGACGAGCAGCCGGCGGGAGACCCGGCGGAGCAGCUUCUGCAGGUUCAAACACGCGCCACACGCAGACUAUAGCUGCCGGACAGCCCCCCACGACCUUUGCGCGAAAAACCUGGCCGGUCCGACACAUGGGAGACCACGUGUCCGGUGUGAGCGAUGGAGGUGCUUAGUCUGCUUCCUAUACCUCCAUGGUACGACCAAUGUUUAAUACACGUGGAAACAUUGUGACAACAAAAAUAACUAUCUUACAUCCUAGAAAAAAAUAAUUGUUUGAAGAUUAUACAGAUUUAUGAAGAGGAAAUAAAACUAUAACACUUAAAAUUUCUUAAAAAUAUGUUUUUAUUUUGACAGUUUAAAAUGAUUUAAGGAAUUAUGUAUAACAUAAUCCUGUAGUCACACCUCUUACCGUCACAUUAUCACCUGUGUUGUUAGUAUAGGGCUGUACGGUAUUAGUCUCUAGUGUAUUUGCUAUAGUUUGCGGGGGGUGCACGCCGAUAGGAGGAAAGGUUUUUUUUGUGGGGGGAAGGGGUAUUUUCCAAUCCCCCUGCCACGAAAUCCUAUAUCCGUGGCAUCCGAGAGGCUGUUCCUUCCGGUAUUCAGUUUAAGAGGCAUUGCCUGUGGCCUUAAGUGGGGCAAUUCCGUGUUAGGUCCAGAGCUAACAGACCGUUCAAGCCCGCAAGUGCAAUGAAAAAUUCACACUGUAAAAAUAUAUAUAUAAUUUUACAACGAAAAUCCUUGGAAACUCAGUAGCCAACGAUGUCACUUGUAAAACUACAAGGCAGAGAUUCGUAAAAUUACCCAUGGCACAAAGCUCUGCCUAGCAGUUUUACAUGUGAUAUCGUUGUUAACUGAGUUAUCAAGGAUUUUCCUUGUAAUAGUAGAAACAUUGUUUUACAGUGAAGGCAAUUGUGCGGGAUGUCCCGGUUUUUGGUGCCGGGAGUCCCGGUGAGGUACCCUGUACCGUCCAAGGGUCGCAUGGUUAGGGUUCGCACUGGCAGUUGGUAGAUCUGAUUCUAUUGGAGUACGUUUGAAGGGGCUCCCCUUCUCUGUCCUUGAAAGGCGAAUGGGGUGAGCGGCGAUACAGCUCUGACAGUAUCAUGGACAGCUGGUAGAGACUGGAUACGUCCUGCCCGGAUCACGGGUUCUCUGGCCUUUCUGAAAAGAAUAACCAAAUCAUGUUUUCUCAUUUUGCUUAUAAUACGGAACUUGGAGAUAAAAUUUAACGUAAGAUUUUUUUUUUAACCAUGCCAAGUGUAGUGCAUAUAUUUAUACAAGCAAAAUUGUGUUUUCAACUACAUAUCUUGACGCGAAUCACACAUAGUUUCCGCACCCGCCGCUAAGAUUCGUUGCCGGAGCAUCUACGUCGACGAUUGAAUCAUUCGUUUUACAUAGCGAAAGGUUAAACUAUAUAAUGAAACGACUGCAAUAAAAGCGAAAAUGACUUGAAAAAAAUACUAAGCCCAGACUUUAUUAAAAUACUUUCCAUCUUGUUAAAAUUUAUUAAACAUUUGGUCUUAUAAGGUUUCCCAUUGGCUUUUUGUGAACUUUGAUUCGCGCCAUCCGCCAUAGAUGGCAGCACCAUGGGUACACAUUUACGUACCAUGUGACUUGCGUUAUAUUCACUAAAAUACUCCUACUGAAAGCCGUACACCGAGAGCUAAGAUGUUACACUUCAUAAACAGAGAUGUGAUAUACUUAGAUAAGCGCCAUGUGAUAUACUUAGGUUGGGGUUUCUUCUGAGUCAAUCACAGGUUAGCUGAAGGUUUUUAGGCGGAUUGGUUGACAAAGAUGCAGGGGUGGGAUACCUCAGCUUCUCGUUGUAGCUUUUCUCCGAACACCACCGAGUCCUGAUGAAAUGCCGUGUCCAUUCGCGAUGGCUUAGAAACCCACGCCAAAACGGUCCUGCCUCGCCAGAGGAGUAAUUUCGGUCCGGCAGGAAUGCGUGCGUGUAAUUAAUACGCAAAAGGAUACAUUAUUCACUGCCUCAAAAUCCUUUUAAAAAUAUAAUAUCUUAAACACAAAAAAAAA